AGGACUCAUACAUGCUACUGUUGUGAUCUAUAUGACUGCGAAAAAUUCAGAACAAUCUGGCAGCUACUAUGAAUUUGUUGGUGUAAACAGUUGCCAGGAUGUUGUUCACUUAUACCGUCUGCUGUGGACCUGCACUGUCCUGAAUAUUGUUGGCCUCUUCCUUGGCAGUAUCACUGCGGCUGUUCUUGGAGCUUUUAAGGAUAUGGCACCAAUUUCACAACUCAACUUUAAUUCACCUCCGCCACAGAUACUUUAUAACCCAGCACAACAGAUCCUCCUGACGUACACUGGUUUCUGCUCUCCAUCCUCCUCCCUUCCUUCCUAUGCAUCAUAUCCACUACCACUGCAGCCUUCAGGUUCGUAUCCAGCAACUUCCUCUGCAGAUAUC